CCACCACCCGUGGCUGCUGUGUCCAGACGGAGAAUGUUCUAGCGUGGGGACGGCUGCGGAUGAAGUCCUUGGGGGGAAAAGGAGCAGGCCAAGGGCGAUGGUGGAGUAGAGCUGCCUCACAGAGGCAGCAUGAGCUGAGAGGGUGACAGGAAGGAAGGAGGCGCUAGACAGCAUGGAGGACUUUCUGCUCUCCAAUGGGUACCAGCUGGGCAAGACCAUUGGGGAAGGGACCUACUCAAAAGUCAAAGAAGCAUUUUCCAAAAAACACCAAACAAAAGUGGCAAUUAAAAUUAUAGACAAGAUGGGAGGGCCGGAAGAAUUUAUCCAGAGAUUCCUGCCUCGGGAGCUCCAGAUUGUCCGUACCCUGGACCACAAGAACAUCAUCCAGGUGUAUGAGAUGCUGGAGUCUGCUGACGGGAAAAUCUACCUGGUGAUGGAGCUGGCUGAAGGCGGGGACGUCUUUGACUGUGUGCUGAAUGGGGGGCCACUUCCCGAGAGCCGGGCCAAGGCCCUCUUCCGUCAAAUGGUCGAGGCCAUCCGCUACUGCCAUGGCUGUGGUGUGGCCCACCGGGACCUCAAGUGUGAGAACGCCUUGUUGCAGGGCUUCAACCUGAAGCUGACUGACUUUGGCUUCGCUAAGGUGUUGCCCAAGUCACGUCGAGAGCUGAGCCAGACGUUCUGCGGCAGCACAGCCUACGCCGCCCCCGAGGUGCUGCAGGGUAUUCCUCACGAUAGCAAGAAGGGCGACGUCUGGAGUAUGGGCGUGGUCCUGUACGUCAUGCUCUGUGCCAGCCUACCUUUUGACGACACAGACAUCCCCAAGAUGCUGUGGCAGCAGCAGAAGGGGGUGUCCUUCCCCACUCAUCUGGGCAUCUCAGCCGAAUGCCAGGACCUGCUCAAGCGGCUCCUGGAACCAGACAUGAUCCUCCGGCCUUCAAUCGAAGAAGUUAGUUGGCAUCCAUGGCUAGCAAGCACUUGAUAAAAGCAAUGGCAAGUCCUCCCCAAUAAAGCAGGGGGAGAAAGCAAACCCAAAAA